UUCACUUUAACGGUUCUUUGUGUUCAUAAAGUGAGUUUUUAAGCUUUCAAGAACAUAACAAUGUGAUUUAAAUUGCGUAAUAACGGUUUUAGUGUUAUAUUGUAGAUUACAAAUAUAAAAAAUCAGUAUAAGCUUCUUGGAUACUUAAAUAUUUGAUACGUGACAUAAGUAUAUGCUGUUUACCUUAUUACUUAAAACAAUUUUAAUUUUCAAAACUUUUGACACAGUUUUUAGCCUUACAAUAUUUAACCAAAAAAAUGCAGAACAACCAAACUAAUACAAUUUUUCAAAAGUCUAUUAAAUUGCAAAAUCAUACUUACAAAACCGAAGUCUUUGAUUCCCUUGCUUCUAAGAAUUUAAAAAAGACAUUGUGUUCUAGUAAUGCGUGUUUAGGAAGUAUAGUAUCGUUACCCUCACAUGGAACAGAAGUAAGAUCAUCAGUAGAAAUACUUAAACAUGCAGAAGAUUUUCUGGAGCAAUAUUUUGCAUCUAUUAAAAGCUUAAGCCAAGGAAGUAUCAUGUACAUGAGUGUAAAAAAAUAUUAA